UUAGCGACAUAGAAAUUCAGAGGAGGUGUGCAUCGCUCAGAGCGUCCAGUUUACUGUUUGACCCAAAGUUUUGGAUGACCCUUUCUGUUGCAGUUUUGUUGUGUAUUUUUUAAUCGUAAUCGCCCACGUGCUAUCAUGGAGAUCCGUCUGGCUCAAGACCAGGUUCCGAUUAAUCGAUAACGAUUGAUUAUGAAGAACUGGACAUUGUCCGAUCAGAUUUGUGGAUCAUUGCUCCAUUAAAGGAAACAGAAUUGAUUCUUUUGCUGAAAACCUUAGAAGGUAGAGGUCAUUGUUUUAAUACGAGGAUUGAAGAUGCAUUUGCAGACGAAUUUCUACUGAAGGGAAGCUGCCAAAAUUUAUUCUACGGGGCAGAUUAAGCCGCUGCAAUAGAAGAAAGGCGCGUGGAUGAAGGAGAUUAAGACAUUACUUCUGAGAAACUUCUGCUGUUGCAUCAUUAUCAUCGAUUACUGAAGUUACCACAGAAUUUCUGAUAUCAGCGUUCAGCGGAGCAUGCUGCUUUAUUUUUUUGCAUAAGCUUCCCCGAACUGAACAUCGAUCCCUGUACAGUCAACGUAGCAUGAAGUGCGGGAGGUGGCCAUGAGCGGCACGGGACCCUAGGUCGAAAGGAGCGGAGAGAUUAUACUUACACAGAAAAGCAGAAAAAAAAACCGCCCUCUCCCCCAAAACACAAACGGAACAAAAGAGGGAAAAAAGGAGGAAGGGGGAAGCCAGCCCCUUGAGUGGUUACCGCUGAGGAGAGCGAGCGUCCAAUCACAGCCUUUCGCGAUGAUGUCAUCGGAGGAGGACCCCGAUAUGGCUCUGCUAGAGGACAACAAAGCUUUGAGUAAGUCGGCCAAGACGAAGCGUGUGCGACAGAGAGUUGAUGCUGGGGAGCCGAGAAACAGUUACGCGAGUAUUCCGAACUUCAGUUCGCGUCCUCCGCAGGGCUCACUCCCGCCCUCCUCACUCUACACUCACCAUCACCAUUCGAAUGGGUACACAAGCAAGAUGCUUUGCGACUUGUUAGGAUCUGGACUUCGACAAUUACCCACAAAAGAGCAAGACAUGAUUGUGCUUGACGCUGCGGAGGGGAGCAGCAGGAGUAACGGAGGUGUGAAUGGCUCGAGUCCAAUUUCUCUAGGUCCUAGUCCGGGUCGAAUGUACGUGAACGGUGGAGAUUUAUUGUACGGUCGAAACCUGGGUCCUCCCGAGAGUCCCGAGCGCUGUAGCAGCGGAGGGAGUGCGGCGAGCAGCAACAGCCACCUCUUACGGGACAUUUUGCAGCAGGGGAGGGCGAAGAGGGGAGAGACUUCCGUCGGUCACGGUCGAGAGAGCCCGAGCUGCGGCGGGGAGGUCGUUUCUUGUUCCGGAAGCCGGCCGUCCGAGAAACUCGACGACGAAGAUUCAAACGAGAGCAAAGCGAGCUGCAGGAUGUCGGCAGCAGCAGCGAGGGCGUCCCCGUCGCCGGCGGCCGCUCGCAGUCCAGGCGGCUCUUCUCGCGGCAGUAGCCCCGGCCACCCACCUAACGAUAGCGGCGCCACCUGGCAGGGAGAGCAUUCCAUGCUCCCACCCACCGCCAACUCCUCCACCUCGUUAGAAGUAAAGCGGGCCCGGGUCGAGACCAUAGUCAACAACAUGCUUCAAGGUCCCACGCCCCGCAGUAAUGGGAGCGGAGCAGGACUUUCUGACUCUCAACCGCCUGUGAAUGGAUGUAAAAAAAGAAAACUGUAUCAGCCUCAACAACACGAAAGUUCUCACCGAAACCCAAUGAAUGGGGAUAACGAGAUUUAUGACGAUGAUGAUGAUUAUUGCGAUAAUACGAAUGUUAGUCCUCUCCCUAAACGUCGUAACUGUGGCAAUCCUGAACUGUUUACAAUUAAACAACAGUUGCGUCAAAUGCAACAACAAUUGGUUGCAAUGCAGCAACAGUACAUGGAGAUGGCUGAUGGAGACAGUACUGACGAGGAUAUGCCUCCGAUUCCUUCUAGCAGCACUCCUGUUGUAAUUGAGCGACCGAGAAGUGUCAGCACUCCUGAAGAUCUGAAACCUAGAAUAGAUGCAAAACCUGAAACAAUGCGUACACCUAAGCAGACUCCUUCCUUCGUGGACUAUGAUAAUGCGAGUAUGUAUGACGAACAGAGAAGGUUAGUCAUUGAUGAUCAAAAGGAGCCAAGUGCCUCCAAUAACACUGCCGAAAAACCAGGACUUCAAGAAUUAAGACAGUCUUGCAUAGUGCAGCCAUCCCCGUGUCCUAAUUUAGAUAUCGAGUGGUUAUCUGAAUCUCUAAAAGCGGAACUUUCCACUUCGUUAUUUCAAGCAGUGGACGCUGUAAUGUCUCGGUGUAUUCAACGUAAAGCUUCAAUGUCCAAGGUAAACAAUUCAUCUCAAGACCAAGAUCCACCGAAAGAUCCUACAUUAUUAUCUCAAAUGUUAGAUAGAAAAUCUCCUCGGACAGGUAAAGUGAUAGAUCGUGGAACGAGAGUAAAUGGACACGGAUUAUGUGGGUUAAGGACAAGUCCCUUUCCACCAGAUAUAGCCACUGCUCCAAAGCCGCCCUUUUUUUUCCCUUUAAAACCCCCAACAAGUGUCGCGGCCACUGCGGCUUUUCUGUAUGGUUCUCCUCCUCAACUUCCUUCACUUUCAUUAUCCCAGCCUUAUGCUUCUCCUGCCAGUUCGACACCUACGCCUCAAGAUGUUCCCGAACAAACGGAAGCUAUGUCCUUGGUUGUCACUCCCAAGAAAAAAAGACAUAAAGUAACAGAUACUCGCCUGAAUCAAAGGACUGGUCAGUUGUGUGGACUUCGAUCUUCAGAAUCAUCUCAAGACGUAAGCCCGAAAUAUUCUGGCAUGCUGAGCGUUAUGCCCUCAUCGGAAUCCAUUCCGCCAUCACAUAUGUAUUCUCAUCAUCCACCGCCACCACCUCUGGUGCCGGUUAGCUUACCUACUACGGUCGCAAUACCGAACCCUAGCCUAAAUCAAUCUGACCUCUUCCAUAAUUUCAGUUACGAGCAUCAUAGACUUUCUCAACAUUUCGCAUCGAUAGAGCCACCGGAGGAUGAUGGCCCCCCUGUGGGGCUACAUCACACAGGCCCUAUUCAUCCAUUAUUACCUUUUCAUGGUCACCAAAGAGGAUCACCAGACUCGCUUCACCUUUCCCAUAUGAAGCAGGACAGCGGUGACAUGUCUGAUGCUGGAGACAGUCCUGCAACUUACGAUUCUAGCAUGGCUAUGAUAUCCUUUCUACCAUCGAUGCACACCAGCACCUUGACGCCAAUGCACCUACGGAAAGCGAAGCUAAUGUUCUUCUACGCCCGGUAUCCUAGUUCCGCCGUCCUCAAAAUGUACUUUCCGGACAUCAAAUUCAACAAGAACAACACCGCCCAGCUCGUCAAGUGGUUCUCCAACUUCAGGGAAUUCUUCUAUAUACAAAUGGAGAAGUACGCUCGGCAGGCGAUGAGCGAAGGUAUCAAGACAUCUGAAGAUCUGAAGGUGAACACAGAUUCCGAAUUACUGCGUGUUCUCAAUCUACAUUACAACAGGAACAAUCAUAUCGAGGCUCCGGAAAACUUUCGGUAUGUGGUCGAACAAACUUUGCGGGAGUUCUACAAAGCCCUGGUGGCCGGUAAAGACUCCGAGCAAUCCUGGAAGAAGUCCAUCUACAAGAUCAUAGCUCGUAUGGACGACAAUGUUCCCGAAUAUUUCAAAUCCCCGAACUUUCUCGAAACGUUAGAGUGACGGUGGUGGAACUUGUAAAUCCGUGCCUUCUUUGGACUUCAUAUCGAUACUUGAAUGACAGAGACCGAUAAUCAGUACUCACGAGUACUUCUAGUUGACUGAAAGUUUCAAAUAUCCAAAUGUGCGAACCACGAGCAAUUUUUCCUGGGUACUGCUAACAGCUUGAGGAUGGAGCACACUUUGAACUCAAGUACAAUACUUCGUCAUAGAUGCAGUCUUUGUAGAAGUUUCUUUUUAAAAGCUACCAGUUACACAGAGAAAGAUUUCUUUUAAAAAAAUCUGUUAUGCCACUGUUUUGUUAACUGUUGUGGAUGUACUGGCACAAAACUUUAUCUUACUCUACAUUUGAGAAAUUUUGUCGAAUAUUUAUUUGAGAAGUAAAAUGAACAAAUAAGCUGAGCUACAUUGAUUCAUGUUUUACAGCGUUCUUAAAAUUUGUAACAUUGUAAAGGAUGUGCAAUCCUGCUGACUCUGCCACGAACAUUCCAGCGUCAGGACGUUUUGAUCCCACUGCUGUUAUCAGCAAACACAAAGAGAAGAGUCUCGCGAAGCUGUUAGCCUUACCCCGUUUGGAGACUAUAUGACUGAGAAUCAACAAAACAGAAAACGCAUAUCCAUUUUUUGCUGAUGCUGAUCUUCGGUCGAACUUUGUCACGAGUGAUGCACGAGACACAUAUGUAAAUAUUCUUAAAUUUCUGUGGAGGCCCUUCGGAACAAAACAAAAUAAGCCAGCUGAAUGUUAAUUACUUUAGGAACAGUUGAAGAAGUGGCAAAAGUAUUCUAACGAACUUUGGUGUUUUCAUUAACUUAGAACUAAUGGCUGAAACGGUAUUGGUUAAUUAUAUUUCAAUAAACAAAUUUUAAAAUACAAA